AUGAACACUGCUGGUCCUGACGUCCCACCGUUCGACGCUUCAAAUCGAUACCUGUCUUCGUAUACUGGACCUCUAGCCACGAUCUAUUCAACGGCACCUGUCGGAAAUUGCGAGAUGCUUUCCAAAGUACCGCCUGCCGUUUUCCUGGUCGCACUUCCGUCAACCUCCCUUCUGUUCUACUUCCGGGUGAGCGCUUUGUACAGCAACAAAUACGUCUCUGCAGUAUUCUUCGUCAUGUGGCUCUCCAUCCUUGGCGGGUGCAUACCAAUUAUCAGGAGUGUGUCAGGUGCGCACAUUGGCCCAACGAACUACUGCAUCAGCAUAGCUCUGGAAGACGCCGCUGCGCCGGGAACCAUCAUCCCCCUCAUCUAUGACAGCACAAUUUUCAUUGCUAUAUCUUGGCGGCUAAUGCGCAUGUCGCUUCCACAUGAUACUGGCCUCAAGGAAGCCGUAAAAGUCGUCGCAUUUGGCAAGAACCUUUCCAAAUUCUCCAAGUCAUUGCUACAAGACGGCCAAGCAUACUAUUUGUGA